AUGGCAGUUUGCUCUCUCUCGCUCCUGAAUUCAAAAGCCCCAAAUUUGGAUUCAAAAUUCAAAUCUCUCUCUCUCUCUCUCUCUCAGUACUUCUUCAUUCACGGCACCCCCCUCCCUCUUAGGAUCUCCAUUUCCGCCGAAACCUUCUCCGGCGUUGGCCCUCAUCGCCGAACCCUUCUCCGGCGAGCAACCCAGUUCUCUCUCUCUCUCUCUACACCCACCCACCAAUCUAACCCUUUGUUUCUCCUAUCUAACUCACCGAAGUUGGAGACCAAGAACCAAAUCGUUGCGAUUGACCUCAGCAGGGUGUUUGGCAAACCAUCGAUUCUGCCAAAAGUCGACCACUUCUGUUGCUCUCUGACGAAAUCGUGGGGUGUCCAAACCCAAUCAUUUCAGCAGAAUCUUACAGGAGUAUUCUACUGUGGGAUACCACCAUUGGCAAAAGAGGGUAUGAUUUCAUCCCUUGAGACAGGUGUCUUUGACAGAUCAAGAAUGGCGGUGGAAAAAAAUGCAGAAGAGGAUAACAGAAGAGGAGGUAGACUGAAGAAGGAUGACGAAGAGGUAAAAGAAAAGUGGAAAAGAAAGCGUGACAUGAGGACCAGUGGGAAGGGACAAGAGGAGUCUAGGUUCAGCCCUCUAGGUAGAACUGUAUUGUUAGUAAAGGUUUUGAUUGGAUUUCGGCGGUGAGUCCCUUCAAGAAGGAGGAGGUGAGCUCAUUGGCGAAGCGAGGAGGUGAGUUCAUUGACUAGGGGUCUAUAGGAGCGAUAGCAAGUUCAUCAAGAUUUAAUUUUGACGUUAGGCUGCACUGUGCCUACAAAUCCAACGGAGACAUUAAACGAGGCAUCCACGUUUAGCAGGAAAGAUGAGAUGCUGAUGUUCUGAUCUUUGCAACUUCAGGUAGUAUUUUGGGCUUCUUUACCACAUUUACUUAUUCGUAUCAUUUCUCUAUUCGUCUUUUAUGUCUCUUGAUCAUGCAUAAAAUGGUUUUUGCUUAGUUGAUUAUGAUGCUUUAUUUAGUUUGUUAAAAAGAACGGAUGCUACCUUUCUCCAUUGGUGUUGACGUGUUGCUUAUAUGAGAUUGGGUGACCCUUUUGUGUUUGGACGUUAUCAUCUGUGAAAUAAAGAACAAGGCUUAAACACGCACAUAAAAAAAAUCGUAAGUGAAUUGCGGUCCCUACUUUUAAGAGAGAUCGCCCCUCACUCUUCUAUUUCGAUUUCGAGUAAGUUUCUCAUCUAUUUUCUCAAGUUCCAGCAGGAAGAAUACAACCAUGGUCCCCUUUUGUGUUUGGACGUUAUCAUCUGUGAAAUAAAGAAUAAGGAUUAAACACAAAAAAAAGAAAAAGUGAAUUGCGAUUUCUACUCUUAAGAAAGAUCGCCCCUCGCUCUUCUAUUUCGAUUUCAAGUAAGUUUCUCAUCUAUUUUCUCAACUUCCAACAAUGAUAAUACCAACCAUGGCCUUUUUUGUAGGGUCUUGGUAUUUAUGAAAUUUUAUUGGGAAUAAAGAAAUGAGUCGAAAUCCCUCGAGCAAAUAUGACUUUUGUUUGUACUUUUGUUGGCUAUUUGUUCAUUUCUUCUUCAGUUCUUUUUGUCCCCUCCGAGAGUUGAUUCUUUUGUGCAUCUGUGGCCUUCUUGAAGUUGCAUUAGACAUAAACAGUUCCGUUCUGCUUAAACCAAAUAAGCAACC